UGGGAUGUCCUCGCUCCUAGUACGUAGGCGGCUAAUCGCGGGAGAAAUCAAGAAUCAAGAAACUAGGAAGAAGCGAGAGCAACAUCUUGCUGACCGGAGUCGUUGCUAUUCUUCAGAGCCAACCGUUAAACCCUAAUUUUCACAAUAUUGCUUGCCGCUCUGUUCAAGUUCUUGGUUAUAAUCUUCAAUGGAGGAUGAAAAUUUUGACACCCCCAAAUCCGUCCUUUACGAAACCCUGAGUCCCUUCUAUCUUUCAACCCCCGACCAGUCUGCAGGUCCCGAUGAACUAGAGCCCUAUACUGUUUUCCGGAACGAAAUUUCUCUGUCGUCCCUUCAAUGUCCUUCGCCGGAGACUGCUGCCCCUGAUUUCUUUUCUCUUGAAGUUGGCAAUGAUGAUGUUUCUGAACGAGAAUCGCUUUCCGUCCAAUUGCCUGAACCAGUUGCAGCUACUGAACCGAAGACGCCGGCUCUUGUAUCUGAGCCAAAGCUUGAGAGCAGUUGGUUUCGGGGAAACUGCAAGUUCAGGAGUCCCAUGCUUCAGCUGCAUAAAGAGAUAGUAGAUUUUUGUGAAUUUUUGUCACCUACUUUGGAAGAAAAAGCUGCACGCGACGUAGCAAUAGAAUCUGUGUUUCAAGUUAUAAAACAUAUAUGGCCUCAUUCCCAGGUUGAAGUUUUUGGGUCUUUCAGGACUGGGUUAUAUCUUCCAACUAGUGAUAUUGAUGUUGUGAUUCUGAAGGCGGGCUUGCCAAGUCCACAGCUUGGCUUAAAUGCACUUUCUCGGGCACUGUCACAAAGGGGCAUUGCAAAAAAUAUCAUGGUAAUUGGAAAGGCUCGAGUGCCAAUUAUUAAAUUCGUUGAAAAGAAAAGUGGUGUUUCAUUUGAUGUAAGUUUUGAUGUGGAUAAUGGACCCAAGGCUGCUGAUUAUAUUCAGGAAGCAGUGGCUAGAUGGCCACCUCUACGACCGUUAUGUUUGAUUUUAAAAGUGUUCUUGCAGCAAAGAGAACUAAAUGAGGUAUAUUCCGGUGGGAUUGGUUCUUAUGCUCUCCUUGCCAUGCUCAUGGCAAUGCUACGAAAUGACCGUGAGAGCCAUGUAUCUGCAGAGCACAACUUGGGAGUCCUUUUGGUGAAUUUUUUUGAUUUCUAUGGACGCAAAUUGAACACUGCAGAUGUUGGUGUCUCUUGCAAUGGGACGGGUACCUUUUUCUUGAAGAGCAAGAAAGGGUUUUUAAACAAGGGACGACCAAGUCUUUUGGCAAUUGAGGAUCCUCAGGCACCUGAGAAUGACAUUGGGAAGAACUCGUUUAAUUAUUUUCAGGUUAGGUCAGCUUUUGCAUUGGCUUUCAAGACACUGACCAAUCCCAAUAUCGUUCUGAGCCUAGGCCCUAAUAGAAGUAUUUUGGGAACUAUAAUUAGACCAGACCCCGUCUUGGUGGAGCGUAAAGGGGGUUCAAACGGGGACGUAACUUUCAAUGCCUUGCUUCCCGGAGCCGGUGAGCCAUUACAAGUACACUAUGGAGACCAUGAUAUGUUAUGUAACUGGGAUUUUGAUGAUGAAGAACCCCUGCCUCGGGGAGGAGAUUCUGCUGGGGAUAAAAGCACUUCAGGGAAGAAGAGAAAAACUCCAUUUAAGGAAAAUCCCAAAAAGAAGCUAAAGGAAAAUGGGCAUUUGGGAAUUACAAGGAAUGGAGAGAAUGUCUUGGGGAAAGAGAACGGUAUUAAAAAGAGAAGUAGGAGAAAACAAUGAAAAAGCGACAAUUUUUUAUUUAUCAAGUUUUGACCGCAAGUGUUUUGAGAUUUUAACUUGCACAAUGAGGCAUAUAGAUUUCAAUCUGUUCGGUGUGACAGGAGCUGGAGGACACUUGUAAAGGGACUAAAGGCCAAUGCUUGCGCCUGAAAGUCCCGAGUUGGUUCAACUGACUCCUGGAUGUGAGCUUUAUGUUUUCGCAGAGGCAUCCACAUCUGCAAUUUUGGUUAUAUGUAUGUCUUCUUAGUUCACUGUCGUCAUACGUCCAAUUAUUUAGAGCAGGCAGCAGCUUCGGCAUUUCUAGAUGGAAACAGAAUCGACUUGAAAAGCGAAAAGUGAUAUCCUGGGGAGGUAGUGCUGUCCUUUGAGAAUAUUUUACGGACCAAAGCAUUUGUACCAUAGCGAUGAUUAUUGUUGAUGUUGAUGAUGUUAUCGGCUGCUUUGUCGCAUUCUGCGGGCAGUGUGUAAGAUUUUAUCUGGAUGAGCAUGGCCUUCAACUCAACUUCCGUUAAAACUGUUGAAUCAUGAUUAAAGCAUUGAAAUAUAAAUAUUUUUUUAUUACGAUUAA